CAUGCGCAGUCUCUUCUGGUUCUAGACCCGGCGGCUCGGCCCGGCGUGCCUUUUCAGUAAGUAACAGAUGCGGGUGAAAGAGCCUUCCAGACCUUUGCCUGAGAAAGCCAAAAGAAGUAAAAGGCCUGCUCUACCUCAUGAUGAAGACUCUUCAGACGACAUUGCUGCAGGUUUCACUUGCCAGCAUGUAAGUCAUGCUAUCAGUGUGAAUCAUGUGAAGAAAGCAAUAGCUGAGAAUGUGUUGUCAGUUUGCUCAGAAUGUUUAAAAGAAAGAAGGUGCUGUGAUGGGCGGCCAGUACUUCCCUCUGACAUUUGGUUGUGCCUCAAGUGUGGUUUUCAGGGAUGUGGUAGAAACUCAGAAGGCCAUCAUUCACUGAAGCACUACAAGAGUUGGAGAACAGAAUCUCAUUGUAUUACAGUUAGUCUGAGCACAUGGAUUAUAUGGUGUUACGAAUGUGAUGAAAAAUUAUCUACACAGUGUAAUAAGAAGGUUUUGGCUCAAACAGUUGAUUUUCUCCAGAAGCAUGUUUCUAAAACACAAACAGGUGCAUUUUCUAGAAUCCUAAAACUUUGUGAGGAAAAAUGUGAAACGGGUGAAAAAAGGAAGGGAAGAAAGGGCAGCAGUGUACCGUCUGUGAAAGGAAUUUCAAAUUUAGGAAAUACUUGCUUUUUUAAUGCAGUCAUGCAGAACUUGGCACAAUCUUACAUUCUUAUGGAACUGAUGAAUGAGAACAAAGAAAAUGGGACAAAACUCAAGAUUUUUCCUUCUCCAGACUCUCAGCUGGACCCAUUAAUAGUGGAACUUUCAAGCCCUGGACCAUUGACCUCAGCCUUGUUGGUGUUUCUUCACAGCAUGAAGGAGACUGAAAAAGGACCACUUUCUCCUAAAGUUCUUUUUAAUCAGCUUUGUCAGAAGGCCCCUCGAUUUAAAAGUUUCCAGCAACAGGACAGUCAGGAGCUUCUGCAUUAUCUGCUGGAUGCAGUGAGGACAGAAGAAACAAAGCGAAUACAAGCUAGCAUUCUAAAAGCAUUUAACAACCCAACUACUAAAACUGCUGAUGAGGAUACUAGAAAAAAAGUCAAAGCAUAUGGAAGAGAAGGUGUGAAAAUGAACUUCAUAGAUCGGAUCUUUAUUGGUGAAUUAACUAGCACAGUCAUGUGUGAAGAAUGUGCAAAUAUCUCCUCAGUGAACGAUCCUUUUAUUGAUAUUUCACUUCCUAUAAUAGAAGAAAGGGUUUCAAAACCUGUACUUUUGGGAAGAAUGAGUAAAUGUAGACGUUUGCAGGCGACAGAUAAUGGUCAAUACAGUGACACUGUUACUAUAGAAAAUACUCCUCAACCCAGAGCCACCAAGAACCAGUCUUCAUCUGAAGAUAAGAAUCAACUAGUUCAUGGCAGAAAAUGGGUAAGAAAAUGGUCAUCUGGAGAAGAUCGGGCAGUCGUCGUGCACCGGAAACGUGGGCCCCCUGAGAGGAACGGGGCAUCCCCAGCGGCGGCGAGCACCGCGAAUACCGAGUCGACUCUGACCGAAAGCGCCACGGAUGGCAGUGAGAGGGAGGCCGGCCCUUCUGAGAGCAGCGCUGAUGCGGACAGCGAGCCUUCCGAGUCCGAAAGUGCUUCUGAGCAGCCUGUGCUCUUCGUGUCCCCCGGCGGCUGCCGUGUGCAGCCGCGCGCCCCCUCUCCGCAGCCGCCGGCCGUUGCACCACCCACCCGCGAGCCUGGCCGCGGUGAGGAGCGAGUGGCCGAGGCGAUUUCUGAACUUCGUCUGAGCAGCCCUGUAACUGGAGAGAGAGAUUUUGAUAGAGAAAAUAAGCCACGGGGUGUUCGGAGGAGUGUGUGCUCUUCGGAGGAGAAGCGUGUGCUGUCUCCUCGCCCCCCAAAUGCCUUUCAGACCCUUUCUCGGAGCUAUGUGACUGCCUCUAAAGAAUGCUCGCUUCAGUCCUGUUUCUACCAGUUUACAUCUAUGGAAUUACUAAUGGGGAAUAACAAGCUUCUGUGUGAGAAUUGUACUGAGAAGAAACAGAGGCACCAAAAGGAAACCGGUUCUGCAGAAAAGAAAGCAGAAGGAAUUUAUACUAAUGCCAGGAAACAAUUGCUCAUUUCUGCUGUUCCAGCCAUCCUAAUUCUCCAUCUUAAAAGAUUCCAUCAGGCUGGCUUGAGUCUUCGAAAAGUAAACAGACAUGUAGAUUUUCCACUUGUGCUUGAUUUAGCACCAUUCUGUUCUGCUACUUGUAAGAAUGUAAGUGUGGGAGAUAAAGUUCACUAUGGUCUCUAUGGCGUGGUGGAACACAGUGGCUCCAUGAGAGGAGGUCACUACACAGCUUAUGUGAAAGUGAGAACACCCUCCAGGAAAUUAUUGCAGCGCAUCACUGGAAAGACAUACGUACCUGAUUUGAAGGAACCUGAUAGUGAAUCGACAGGCCAGUGGGUCCACGUUAGUGACACUUACGUGCAGGUGGUUCCAGAAUCAAGAGCGCUGAGUGCCCAAGCGUACCUUCUUUUUUAUGAAAGAAUAUUAUAAUUAUCUGGUAAUACUUAGUGAUGAUGAUGAUUUUAGAUCUCUUUUGUUUAAAUGCUGCAACCAUAACCAUAAUAUAGUAAUGUGCCUUUCUAGUCUUUUCUGUAGGAAUAGCAUGUCCCUCAAAUGCCUCUGAAGAUUUUACCACUUUGGUGAAUCCUUUUAAUGUAAAUCAAAUUUACUCAAUGCUUCCAAACUUAUAUUCUUAAAAUACAUGUAAACAAAUGUUUUUAAGGAAUAUUUAUCCUAG